GUGAAUGUUUGUCUUUCGGUUCGUUUUCGUACUACUUCGCUAUAAAUGUUAUGUCAAUAAAGACGAGGCGGAAAGAGCCAACCUGACUUCCUGUAUUCCCUAAAAAAAAAACCUCUAACUAAAUCUCUUUCUGGCUGAAGACAUGUAAUCCAGCACUGGAAAGUUUAACCUUUAACCACCUAAAGAAGACCUGCAGCAGAACGGUUCGGUCUGCGAGGACGUCCGAGGAAUGGCGUUGUUUUUACUCCGAGGACGUUUCUUUACACGCAGAACCGUCACGAGGAGAGCCACGACCGCUGCACAGCUGUACUGCUCUUCGGUGGCCUCAGGCAGGCAGCGUGUUAAUGGAGUGGAUCUGUACUACGAGCAGACGGGCAGAGGGAAACACGCUGUGCUGUUGCUUCCCGGUGCUCUGGGGUGCACUCGGACUGAUUUUGGACCUCAGCUGAAGUCUCUGAAUAAGGAGCGUUAUACUGUCGUGGGCUGGGAUCCCCGUGGUUACGGACAGUCCCGCCCACCGGACAGAGACUUCCCCCCUGACUUCUUUGAGAGGGAUGCAAAGGACGCAGUGGAUCUGAUGAAGGCAUUAGGCUUUGGCAAGUUCUCUCUGCUGGGGUGGAGUGACGGAGGAAUCACCGCUAUGAUCGCAGCAGCGAGGCACCCCCACGUGAUCAGCAAGAUGGUUGUAUGGGGAGCCAAUGCCUUUGUUUCCCAGCAGGACCUCAAGCUGUACAAUGCGGUCCGAGACGUCUCCAAAUGGAGUGCGAAGAUGAGGAAGCCCAUGGAGGAUGUGUAUGGAGCAGAAGCCUUUGCUAAAACCUGGGAGGCCUGGGGGGAUGGGUUUGCACAGUAUGCAGAAAGACCGGAAGGGAGUAUCUGCCUGGAGCUUCUGCCCCUAAUCAGCUGUCCAACCUUCAUCAUCCAUGGAGAGAAAGACCCCAUGGUGCCCAGCUUCCACCCACAGUGUCUCCUCAAACACAUCAAGGGAUCACGAUUACACCUGAUGCCAGAGGGUAAACACAAUAUCCACCUGAGGUACGCUGAUGAAUUCAACAAACUGGUGGAAGACUUUCUGGAAGACAAUUAAUAAAUGAAUCAAUCAAUUCAUUAAAACUGUGAAAUUAUGAUGAUCCUUUUGUGGAGAAGAACCAGAGUGACUGCAAAUAAUUACGCUUCAUUUUGAUAAAUGUCUAAAUUCUACUGUUUUUUUGAAGCAUCAAUUGUUGUAUAUUACUUGAAGACGUCAGUUAUUUUUUUUCAAGUAAAUCACUUAUUUCUCAUAUUAUGUAACUUCAUAAUAUUUGUUGUAAUUGUGGCUAAUACAAAGAUUAAUGCAAAUCUAAACUAUACAGCUGUAUCAAUAGCCGUAGCCUUGCAGAACUGAAGUUAAGAUAUUGUAAAAUGUCAGUAUCAUUAGUUGUUAUUUGUGUUCCUCGCAAAGCCCCGCAGAAUACAUUCAUGAAAAGUCAGUUACAUUAGAGGCUAACUUUGGUGAUUACAAGACACAUUUUAAUGAUUUCACAUUAAAAAUGAUUUAUUAGCAUGAAUAGAAAACAUCACUUACAACUUAUAAGCCCUCCUUUAAAGUGGUGCCUAAGUUAAUUUACAUGAUGAUUUAUAUUUAAUGUUUAAUUUACUCAAAGCAGUGGUGGAAUGUAACUAAAUACAUUUACUGAACUUAGGCUUCUUGCAAUUUACUUUAGUGUUUCCAUUUUCUGUGACUUCACUACAUUUAUUUAACAACUUAAGUUACUGAUUAAUUAAUAAUAUGAAUACAAAAUAUACACCUAACUAAAAUGAUGGUGGGCAAUUCUGUCCCUUGCAGCCGGUGCGGUCUGCUCAUCCAAGUGUACUGGCUCUAGGUCAUCCUCAGGAUGGUCCAUGAUAACUGGGACCCUCUCCUUCGUGAUUGUAGCCACAUUGUGGAGCACUGCACAUGCCACAGUGAUGUCACAUGCCCUGUCUGGUGCCACCCGCAGCCCCCGCAGACAUGUGAAUCUGGCCUUCAGUUGGCCGAAGGUCAUUUCAAUCCAGGCUCUCGUUCAAGCAAGAGCCCCGUUGAAACGGGCUUGAGGGCCUGGUGCUGGCUCUGCAUAGGGGGUCAUGAGGUAGGGCUUGCAGGCAUAACCCCUGUCUCCAAUUAGGAGUCCAUCGUAGUGACCUAGUAUAUGAUAUGUACAAUGUUGGAUCAUCUCUACAUAAAAUAAGCAAUUUCUGAAUGACAUGGUAUUUGCUAUACCUUGCUCGAAGCUGUGGCACAGUGUAGACUCUCGGAAUAUUCUGGAGUCCUGGACGGAGCCCAGCCACUUGGCCACAACAUGUGUUAUGAGGCAGGUGGAGUCACAGAUCAUCUAAGAUGAAUUGCGGUCAAGUCAUGGGUAUUGUACAGUACAUGGGUAGCCUACAGCAGGCAAUUGCAAGGUCCAUGACCCCUAUUGUCAAAGACAUACGAUUGUUUUUAUAGCAAUGUAAUUUGAGGAAAAUUAUGUCAUAAGUACCUGCA